AGCACACUUCCUUCCGCAGGCGGCGUUAUAUUCUUGGAAUUUAUCUUUCUGUUCUUUCCAAAAGUCUAUUUUCUCAAUGAGAACACUCUCCAGCAAGACACUGAUUGUACAAGGCAGAUAGUCACCAGAUAAGGACAUAUUUGUUUUCUGGUUUAUCACGCAAAUAUAUAAAAAGAAGUGCAAAUGGCCUUGUCCCAGAAAAGCUAAAAGAUCAAAUAUCUUCCACUGAACCAUAUGCAAAAUGAGGAAACACCAGUCAAGUUACACAAAUAUCCUGUGGAAUGAUGCUGAGGACAGUGAGAGUGAGUCAGCCAGUAGGACAGUCAUGGCUGCCUUCAAGUGACGGCCAUGACUGUCGUGUGAAUAGAUCUUCCUCUGUUCGCGAUAGACAAAGAUCUACAGAAAUAAUAAUGCUAAAAAAAAAACACUCGUCAGAAAUGUUCUGGAAAAACUCAGAAAAUCAUUUUCUGAGUUUCAAAAGUUGAAAAUUUCUCAGACAUUUGGUAGAAGAAAACAAGGACAUUUCUGUUUGAAAAGUCGAAAGUUUUGCUUCAAAUUUUUUGACCUUAAUCUCAGAAAUUUUCUAGACAAAACAUUUAAUUGAAAAAUUUCAACUUUUCAAACUGAGAAUUUUUUAAAAGAAAAUUCUGAGGUCAAUCUGAAAAUGUCUGUUGUUAAGUAAAGUGUUACAAAAUUUACAGUUGAAGGGUUUGCCUUUUUCUCCUUUUGUCAGAAUCACAACAAACUUGUCUAUGCUCUCUAGCUGUACAGAAAUGACUUGUAAAUGAUUGCAGUAAACUCGGAGACAAACCGGUGCCUACAGUGCAGAGUGUACUCAUUUUUUUCAGCCACCUCACUGCUGCUCGCUUUCACGUAGGUGUAUUAUUCCUUAACUGUUUUAUAUUUUUAAAGCUGGAUGUUUCUGAAGCACAUCUGCUCCCUUGUCAACUUUAUGCUGACAUGCACAAGGCAGAUCAUAUUUAAAUGUGUUUCUAGCUUCCUGUAAAAAAAAUAAAAUAAAAUAAAAUAAAAAAUCCAGAUAUUUUAAUUCAUUUUAAAUCAGAUCUGGGGAGUGGUAUCAUUAGAAUUACCUUUGUGUAAAUCCGAUUAUCAUGUUUCAGAAAAUAAAAGCACCUAGUUGAAAAAUCUAAAACAUUCCUAAAGUACAUAUUAAAUCUAAGAACUGAAAAAAAAAACAUGGACGUUCCUAAAUGAAUGUUACGCUCUGCAAAUAUGGAUCAAGCAUUUCUUACACCUCACCAUGAAAACCUCUUGGCAGAUAUCAACCCUGACCCAAAGAGUUUGCGCAUCUUAACCCGCGUCUCUAUUUUAUUAUGAAAACCUGUUAAAGGAAGGCGGUUUGGUUUGUUGCUGCGUUUCAUUAUCAGCUUAAAGCUGCCAGUCUCGUUCUGUGUCAGGCAGCUCAUUCCUCUGACUGACAGCUCGCAGUCAUGAUGCUGUGGAGUUCAGCGUUGCUGGUUCUGCUCGGACCCUCUGGGCCUCUGUGGGCUCAGCGGCCGCCUACAGUGUUCGUCGAUCUGGACCUGAGUCCGGAACAGCGAUGGGAGCAUCUUCAGGAAGCUUUUAAUACAGAUUUAAUGAAAAAAGCUGCACAGAUCCUCAUUAGGUAAGUCCUUUUAUGUUUGUGUAUAAGUAAAAGUCACAUAUUUACGCAUGUAGACACCAGUUUGGAAUAAAUAAAAAAAAGUGGGCUUAAAAUGUUAAACACACAGACUGAGAGAAUGUAAGCAACACCUAAGCAUUCAAAAGAAAGUUUUCAGCUCAGUUUAAUAUUUUAGUUUCCAUAAACACCUUUGUAGAACAGAGAGGUAAAGAUGUAGAUUUAUAUAUAAUUUUUUUUCUACUAUAUUUAUUAUGCCAGGAAAUAUUCUAUAAAUGGAGCGGGCUAUUUUGUUCCCUUUGUUACACAAGUUACUAUUUGUGUUAAAUUAUUCCAAGCUUCUUUGGAUGUCCUACAGGACACCGUUUUAUCUUAAUGGUGUGAGAUUUGUUGACACGUAAUCACUCUGAAAGGACAUCAAACUGUGUCAAACUUUUCGGAAAUCUUGGUAACUCAUCGGAUAAAACAUCAGAAAUGUGACCUUGACUGUAGUGUGUGUGGCCUUUUGGGAGACGUCAGAACAAGAAAAAGUUUCCCGUGGCUGGUUUGAACUUAAACGCUGCAUCGCUUGAAGAAGAAAGAGUCAACAUAUUACUUCUUAUGGAUUCUUCUCUAGCCCACAAACUGGGUCACAAUUUUUUGAUCCAAGUUAAAGCUUCUCCAUCUUGGUUCUAACAGCAAAUGACUUCAGGUUAUAGGUGGGACCUAGCACUUUUUGUCUGUGGGUUGUGGACUACCAAAAAUAUUUGGUAGAAAUGGCUACCUGGUGUCUUCCCUCUCAAACGGUCUUGGUCUUGUCUAGAAUUUGGACGUGCUGGACUUAUCAAAGUCAGCUGCAACAUGCAUUUGAAACAGCAAAUUGGUGUGAAAGUCUUGGUUUUUACUUUGAAAUUCUCAAUGCUGCUACCUGUGUCCCAAGGAUGCAAAAUCUAGACGGAUAAACAUUUUCUAGUGUACAUCUAUGGAUUUUCUUUCCCCUGUUUGUACAAUGCAGAAAAAAGACUGCUUAGUGAAGUCCUCCAUGUCCAACCGGUGCCUCUGCUCGCUCUGCCUGCAGCUAAUGCUACGCCAGUUUGCAAUUAGCAGGGUGCUGAGUCAUUUGUGCUUGUAGAAAACUUCAACCUUCAUCAUUGUUUCAAAUGUGACAAUAAAUAAAUAAGUGUGUACUAGCAACAGACAGAUUAUUAUUCAAUUAUCAUUAUUAUUAUUCAAAAUUUAUUGAACUUAUUUUAUGAAAAGAAAAUUCUGUGUCCAUUGGUAGGCCUUCACCCUUAGACACGGAGACAAUAUCUUCUAUUAUCCAUAUGUAAACAAUAACCACGAUGCUUUUUAUCUAUGUCAAUAGUUCACAGGUUCCAAACUGGCUGCACAAGGCAACUAGUCCUAUUUUGAUGUCCCUGGAAAAACACAUUCCCCAGCCGUACGCUGGGGAAAUCCGUGGAAUAGCCAGCAUGAUGAAAAUGAACCUCGCCGAUGUCGUCAUCCUCAACUUUGCGUAUGAAUUUACUGCUUACUGCACAAGCAUCGUGGCUCAGGACGAGAACGGGAACAUCUACCACGGCAGGAAUUUUGAUUUCCCACAUUCAGUUCUGAGGAAUCUAACCAUGAAUGUUGUCUUCUUCAAAAACGGGGAGCCAGCGUACUUUGGAACGUCACUAGCCGGUUAUGUGGGGCUAUGGACCGGAAUGAGUCCAUACAAGUUCACUGUGUCUGGCAACCAGCGAGAAACGCAGGUUUGGUCAAACUGGUGGAAGAAUGUUGUGUCUGCCGUCUUUGUCCACAGCUUCCCGGUCAGCUGGCUUGUUAGGGUGACCCUGGAGGAGGCCAAAGACUUUGAGGACGCAGUCACACGUCUGUCCAAAACCCCCCUCAUCACCGGGGUGUACUACAUCGUGGGCGGGGUGCGAGCGGGAGAGGGGGUCGUCAUCACCAGAGACCGAAAGGGCCUCGCUGACAUCUGGCCCCUGGAGCCUUUAAAUGGAGGAUGGUACAGAGUGCAGACGAACUUUGACCACUGGCUUCCUCCUCCUAAAAGAGUCAAUCGAAGGGAUGUAGUCAUGAAGAAACUGGAUGCCGUGGGCCAAAAUCGCAUACGUAUGGAUAAACUUUACCAGGUUCUGUCUCUGCCUCGUGUGUGCCUCAGAACUACAAUCUACACAACAAUCAUGAGUGCAGCAACCCCGUGGGAGUACACUGCAGUUCUCAGACAGAAGAAGACCAAGUGAAGUGACCAAAAAGGAGCAGGGAGUGAUGAGUGAAUGUUUGAAAAUAAAAUUAAUACAACUCUUACAGAGACAACUGGCUUUAUCCCAAAAGACCAAUUA